CACUUCACCUGGGAGAUAGCUCGGCGUCACCCUGAAAUAUAUAUAAGGGCAGCUUGCAACGCACAUCUUCAACUUCUCGUCUCUUAUCCUUCAACAUCUCAUCGCCAGAACUGAAUCAGAGCAUCCUCACCCUACAACACCAUCACUUCUACCCAACCAUACUAUCUGAGCCUUGAUAACAGCCUCACCUCUCUCACAACUACACAUCUGUCAACCAUCUGACAAAAUGAGUGGAGACAACACCGCCUUCUUCUAUGGCACACUGAUGGCCCCGGAGGUCUUCUUCAGUGUCUGCUACGGAAACAAGACCCCUCCCAAGGUUAUCCAGGACCUGCACACAUUCACUCCGGCCAUCCUGGAGGGGUACUGCCGCCACCGAGUUCAGUUCGCCGACUACCCUGGUGUUAUCGCUGAGAAGGGACACACCGUCCUCGGUAUCUAUGCCACUGGGCUCACAGACGCCAACGUUCAGAAGCUCGACAAUUUUGAGGGACCCGAGUACACCAAGACGGCCGUCCAGGUUAAGCUGGUGAAGAAGGAUGGAGACAAGACCAGCGAGGGCGAGAGCAAGGAGACCUCGGUCUACGUCUUCAACACUCCCUCGCACCUGGAGAAGGUCGAAUGGGACUUUGAGGAGUUCCGAAAGGACAAGAUGCAGUUCUGGACCCGAGGCGGCUGGGCGUUCGAUCCAGACACGGCCGAUCAGAUUCCCGACAACUAAUUUGGUCAUGUUUCUGUAAGCGCCUGCCUAAUGUCAGCGCCUGGCCGGGCAUUUGGCUGCAGAAGACAAUGCAUUUUGUGAGCUGGCGGUGAGGUCUGAGACGUCGGUACCAAUAGUUUGGUAGACAUGUUGGGAUGGGAGAUAGAAUUACGACAGCCCUACGAGUACGAGAAUAGACAAAACAUUCAUUGCGCCC